AGAGCAGAGCACAAGGUUUACUGGCAGAAGGACAAUCAGUCACUCCAGUCCAGCUCACUUACAGGCAGCACAAGGAACUCACUGCUGGACUUGUAUGAAUACCGGUAAGCAGCAGAAGCCAGUGCUCACAGGCCAGAGGUUUAAGACCAGGAAAAGGGAUGAAAAGGAGAAGUUUGAACCAACAGUUUUUCGAGACACCAUCGUUUCAGGCCUCAAUGAAGCUGGUGGUGACUUGGAUGCUGUAGCCAAGUUUCUAGAUGUCACAGGGUCACGACUGGACUACAGACGCUAUGCUGACACUCUGUUUGACAUCCUCAUCACAGGAAGCAUGCUUGCUCCUGGAGGGACUCGUAUUGAUGAGGGUGACAAGACCAAGGUGACAGCAUACUGUGUAUUCACCACUGAGGAAAGCCAGUCUGCCCUACGCCUAUAUGCUCAGGUUUUCAAUAAGCUCAUUAGGAGAUACAAAUAUCUGGAGAAGGCCUUUGAGGAGGAAAUCAAAAAGCUACUGCUCUUUCUGAAGGCCUUCAGUGAGUCGGAGCAGACCAAGCUAGCCAUUCUGACAGGCAUCCUGCUGGCCAACAGUGCCCUGUCACCUCCCAUUAUCACCAGCCUCUUCACUGAAAAUGUGGUCAAAGAAGGGAUAUCUGCAUCCUUUGCUGUGAAGCUGUUCAAAGCAUGGAUCUCAGAGAAGGACGCCAAUUCAGUAACGUCAUCUUUAAGGAAGGCAAACCUCGAUAAAAGACUUUUGGAGCUGUUUCCUGCUAACAAGCAGAAUGUGGAGCAUUUCUCCAAGUACUUCAAUGAAGCUGGCCUCAAGGAGCUGUCGGACUUCCUGCGUGUGCAGCAGAGCCUGGGAACCCGCAAAGAGCUGCAGAAGGAACUGCAGGAGCGCCUGUCCCAGCAAUGCCCCAUCAGAGAAAUUGUGGUGUAUCUGAAGGAGGAGAUGAAGAGGAACGAGCUGCAGGAGCAAGCUGUGAUUGGGUUGUUGUGGACUUGCCUGAUGAAUGCUGUGGAGUGGAACAAGAAGGAGGAGCUGGUCACCGAACAGGCUCUGAAACACCUCAAGCACUAUGCUCCUCUGCUGGCAGUGUUCAGCACUCAGGGUCAGUCUGAGCUUGUGCUGCUCCUGAAGAUCCAGGAGUACUGCUAUGACAACAUCCACUUCAUGAAGUCCUUCUCAAAGAUAGUGGUGCUCUUCUACAAAGCUGAUGUCCUAAGUGAGGAGGCCAUCUUGAAGUGGUACAAAGCUGCCCAUGGUGCCAAAGGGAAGAGUGUCUUCUUGGAACAGAUGAAGACGUUUGUCGAGUGGCUCCAGAAUGCUGAAGAAGAAUCAGAGUCAGAGGGGGAGGAGGGCUAGAGGAAGAGCAGCAGGAGGACUUGUGCUCUGUGUCCUGUGGCCUGUAUGACAAGGUAGCAGCUAGUUAACAGCCUGUGUAGAGUCCAUCUGGACUGAGAUGGGGGCACGCAAACACCAGCAACCACAGAACCUCUGCCCUCCAUCAGGUAACCAACAAGUCUGAACACUAGACCAGGAGUCAGUCCCAACAUGAGCCAGCCUUACUGAUGUCCACCUCAGCAAACUCCAUCUAAAACAUUGUUUAGAAAUAGGAGCAUGACCUUUUGCAGUAGAGUUUUAACAGGUCAAACGUGUGUAUGUAACUUGGCAAUACUCAUCAUUUUAUUAAUAAACUGGUUUUAUAUGUCUAUG